UCUUGUCUCAAGGGAAACGCAAGUGUGACAGUGUGUUGACUGUGAGCUAUGUGUCACGCGAUAGUGCUGUGACUGUGUUUGUUGACUUCCAGUUCUCCUUUGACAAAGUAUUGAUUUAAGACGAGACAAAGUAAAUAAUUUAGCGGGAAACGUUUUUUUUAAAGUUAAUGGAGAUAAUUGAAGACCACUGGAACGUGUUUCAUACUUAAAGGUUUGAACUUAUAAAUAAGAAGAACAUCAAGUUGGAUAAAAAUGGCUAACGCCAGAGAUGCUAAUGAGAGCACCCCUCUGUUGGACUCAGGUUCUGGGCACAGACCUUCACCACCAUCAGUUUUCCAUGGAAGAAGACUGGCAUGUGCAGCCAUUCUGCUGGCUGAAUCAUUAGAAAGGAUUGCAUUCUAUGGCAUCACAUCCAAUCUUGUCCUUUUUCUCAAUAGUGAUCCCUUUUAUUGGCAGGGCACUCAGGCAAGCCAGGCACCUCUGAUGUUCAUGGGAGUUACUUACCUGAUUUCACCAUUUGGAGGCUGGCUGGCAGAUGCGUACCUGGGGAAAUUCUGGACAAUUACUUCAAGUUUGGUCCUAUAUUUUCUCGGCAUGCUAUUUUUUCCAUUCAUUUCCAGUGAAAACACGAGGACACAACUAUGUGGAGAACAGCCGGCGUUUCCUGUGCAACCUGCUGAGUGUCUGAACACAACUACCCCUCCAAGCAAUGUGACCUGUCCCAUUCGUAGCCCAUAUUGUGGCCCAGUAAUGUACAGCGCACUUUUUCUAGUUGCAUUAGGCGUGGGUACUGUGAAAUCCAACAUCACUCCAUUUGGGGCAGAUCAGGUCAAAGACAGGGGACCAGAGGCGACCCGCAGAUUUUUCAACUGGUUCUACUGGUGCAUCAAUUUAGGAGCCAUCCUGUCUCUGGGAGGUGUAGCCUACAUCCAGCAAAACUACAGCUUUUCAGUUGGCUAUAUUAUUCCCACUGUGUGCCUCGGGAUCUCCUUCCUGGUCUUUCUCCUGGGCCGUACUGUCUUCAUCAGUAAGCCUGCUGAUGGCAGCGCUUUUACGAAUAUGUUCAAGAUCCUGGGCUUCGCCUGCUGUUCCAAGAAACCAAAGGAACCUAACCUGCUGCGCAACAAACCAACGCUCCUUGACAGUGCCAAAGUGACCUAUGGAGGCAAAUAUCCAGAAGAGAAGGUGGAAGAAGUGAAAGCCCUGGUGAAAAUCCUCCCAGUUUUCUUUGCCCUGAUCCCAUACUGGACUGUGUACUUCCAGAUGCAGACAACAUACAUCCUGCAGGGCCUCCAUCUGAGAAUUCCUGGUAUUGCCAACACCAGCACUGACCCCCAAAAGAUGACGUUCCGCUUCCCUGCCGCCUGGCUCACCAUGUUUGACGCAGUGCUCAUCCUUAUGCUGAUUCCCCUUAAGGACAAAGUGGUGGACCCCAUCCUGAAACGCCGCGGCCUGCUGCCUUCCUCUCUCAAGAGGAUUGCAGUGGGGAUGUUCUUUGUUAUGUGUUCGGCCGUGGCAGCGGGUAUUUUGGAAACCAAACGCCUGGAGAUCGUCAAAUCAUACCCUCCCAUUGACCAGGUGCUUGGCAACGUUACCUACUACGCAGCAGAUUUACCCAUAUGGUGGCAAGUGCCUCAAUAUGUGCUGAUAGGAAUCAGCGAAAUCUUUGCCAGCAUUGCAGGUUUGGAGUUUGCCUAUUCUGCAGCCCCCAAAUCCAUGCAGAGUGCCAUCAUGGGGCUCUUCUUCUUCUUCUCUGGAAUUGGCUCCUUUGUAGGCUCCGGUUUGUUGGCAUUUGUCUCUAUCCCGAUAAUCGGCUGGAUGUCAUCCCACAGAGACUUUGGUAAUAUCAAUGACUGCUCUCUGCACUACUACUUCUUCCUCCUGGCAGGGAUCCAGGGCGUCACCUUGCUCGUCUUCCUUAUCGUCUCUUUCAAGUAUGACAAGCAGAGGGUCAGAGCAGGAAGUCAAAGGCAGAGACACAUCUCCUCUUGACCUACAAAUAUCCCUCUCACUUUACAUGCCUUUUCCAGUCAUACCACUCAGUGCCAAAAGAGCCUGUCCAAUAGGUACUUACUAAUCAAAUCCUACAAAAGGUUGGUUUACCUCUUUCACUCACAAAUUACCUUGUCAUGACAGCAAAUUUCCUUUUUAUGUUUAUUUUAGCUUUUAAGCCGGGGCUGUUUUUAUAACAAUAAUGGUUUUACAUCACUGGAUGGACGCACAGAUACGACUGUAGUAUGUAGAUUAGAGCUGCAGUGAGUAACUUUAAGAUAACUUUUUUGUAACUCAAACUAGAAUGCAGUCACUGACAUGAUUGACAGCUACAUUAGAGACUCCUUAGCUCUGAUUGGUUGUUUUUGUUCAGGCACUGUGGAUUCUAAUGCAAUUAGGAGCACAGGAGGAACAUGAUAUUUUUUUCUGAGAUUAGCUGUACUACUGUCAGGAUAUAGUGACAACAAAUAUGACAGAAAGACAAUUUUAAGUUAUGAACUGUAGCUUUAUUACAAGAGCCAUCUUUAAAUCCUUUCUACUGUACCCCAUAACCCCUGUGUUUACUCUUGUUGCCUUUCUUUGAUCAUUUGCACUUGACUUGAGGAGUGGUGCCAUACAAAUAAGAUAUCUAGAUAUUUUCUAAUCAUUAAGAAUGCUCUGUUGUUUUUAUAGUUAGAUUUUUACCUUUUGUUUUCUAACAAAGUCUUAUUUUUGGACUUGCUAACCAUUUUAUUGACAUUGGUACGAUGCAUCAGUAUUUAAAUGAUUUCUGGACUUGCAUCCAGUCUGAAAUGUGUGCAUUAAAUGUAUUUAGCAUUAUCUUUUGGUCAGCACUGUUGGGCUUUUGCAAAGCUUCAAAAUAUAUAUGCGGCAACAUACUUGUGAUCGCAUUAAAUUGGAAUUUCGUUGGGUAAUUUGCUGUUGUUGCAGAUUCCCAGACAUCAUCGCUGUUAAUGACAGAAUAGGGCUUUUGUCUAAGGAGAUUCCAUUGACACGCUUAGAUUUGCAAAUCUAUUAUUCAAAUCUAAUAGUGACAAAGACAAUCUCCCACGUUUGAUACCACUGACUGUGAUUACAUACUGUAAAUCCACAUAAAUCCAUCUCAUAAAUCCGCUUUAAACCCUCAAACAGAGCCAUACAUGAAUAACGAUAACUUUUUUUUCUGGUCAAGCUGCAAAACCCCAUGGCAAACUAACCUUAAGCUUAACAGGCAACCUCGACUGUAGUCUAACAAAUAGAAGGAAAAAAGCUGCUGCAUUCAUGCCUGGGUUGCAAAAAAAGUGUGCAGACUUGAUAAACAUUAAAAACUCACAUUGACAUCUUCUUUUGGAGCAAAAUAAAGCUCAACUUCCAGUAUUAUCAUGACUUUGCCACUUUGCCAGGAAAUCUUGAAAAAGAAGCUUCUGUUUCAUUGUUGUAUUUAUUAGACUGUGAUGCAUUUGUUUUAGCUUUAUACUGUUAAGAAAAUGCCUGUGUUUGUGUGUGUGUGUGUGUGUGUUCCUUUAAAUCUCAGAAUAAGUAUAGCACAAGGUACUGCAUUUUAUUAAAACAAGAAAACUCUCAGGGCUCGAGGAAUGGUGUCGAGUGACAGAACUCUCCAGGAAAUGUAAAACUGCCUUUGGGAGCUCAGAACCGUGUUUACCCUGUGGUGUAAAUAAAGGUACAUUUGUACCAGCACAUAAAACGCAAAAAGCUUUCUCGCUGACGGUGAGUGACUCCUGUUAGAUUGAUUUUAGUUUGUGUUUAAUUGGUCGGAUAAAUGGAUGUUCCUUGUUUUAUUGUAUAUUUUAUACUUGCUGUAUCAUGUCAGGCCUCUCCAGAAAGAUUUAUUUGCAUUUAUUUUGGAAUUCUAUUCUGUUUUCAUAAUGCUGCAGAACUGGACUAUUGUUUUGUUGUUAUGUAUUUGUUGCUAUUAAAGUAUAUUAAAUUGAGAAAA